CAGCGGAAACACCUGCAGGCUGUGUAACACAGCAUGUGUCCGGGCUGUAGUUCCACCAGGUGGUCGCAGCUCAACUUUCACGGGUUUGUAAUGAAAAGUUGACCGACUUCAGAAGCUGUUUGUGCCGCAGAGCUCCGCCAUGUCCGGGGCGUUAGCCAGGCUGCUCUUCUACCCGACGCUAGCCUACAAUGUUGUCAUGGAGAAGGUGUCCUCCAGGAGGUGGUUCGACCGGGUGGACGAGACGGUCAUCCUGGGAGCGCUGCCGUUCAGGUCCAUGACCAAACAGCUGGUGGAAACAGAGAACGUUCGGGGAGUUGUCACCAUGAAUGAAAUGUAUGAAACCAAAUAUUUCUGCAACUCUGCCCAGGAGUGGCGAGCUGCAGGCGUGGAGCAGCUGAGGCUGAGCACCGUGGACCUGACUGGAGUCCCCACCCUGGAGAACCUCCAGCGGGGCGUGGAGUUUGUCCUGCAGCACAGACAGCGGGGGACAAGUGUGUAUGUCCACUGCAAGGCGGGGCGUUGCCGCAGCGCCACGCUGGUCGCUGCGUACCUCAUACGGCUACACUGCUGGACUCCAGAGGAGGCUUGUCACAGGCUGGCGUCCAUCAGACCGCACAUCUUGGUGCGCUCAGCCCAGCUGGAGAUGCUCAGGAAGUACCACCAGGAAGUGUGUGGACGUUCCGGCUGAGAGACGGGGACGUUCACUGGACUGCUGCUCGCAAAUAAUCCUGUAUUAAACUAUAUUUCACUUGUUUUUUAUUAGUUUUUAGUUUAUUAGUUUAUUCUAUUUUUCUUAACGCUAACAAGUCCACAACAAAAAAAGAAAUGUUAAUUUACCGCAGGAGGUACUUUAUACUCUGUGGAAAUGUUAUUUGAUUGUAUGAAAUUUGUUAAAGGCUGUAAAGGUUAAUAAAUAUUUGUGACAAAG